AUGGGGAAUGCUGCUUCUUCUUCUACUAACAACAACAACGAUGAUUUUAGAAAAUCAACUGCAUCUUAUAGUCAAGUAAAUAACGCGAAUCAUGUCAGAAAAUCAGCAGCCACCAAGAAUGUUAAUUCUUUAGAUGAAGAGUUUAGCGAUUUGAUCUUACAUCAAGUGAAACCAAUAACCUCGCAAUCAUCGUCAUCUACAGCAGCUACCUAUCAUUUAACUCAACUGCAAGUUCAACUAUAUAAACAACAGGUUCAACAACAGCAGCAACAGCAUGCUUCAGAGUUACAAGAAUUGCUGCAACAGGAACAAUACGAAAGAUUGGUAGAAAAGCAUGAUCAUCAAUUUAGUCUAGACCAAUAUAACCAAGAAUCAAGCCAACAACAACAUGAGGUUCACUCUCAAUCUCAAUAUACUGAUCACUUCUCAAAUGACUUGAUUGAAGAUCAAUUCAAUGAAUUGGAUGAAGAUUUGGUGGAGACAGAUACUGCUUCUCUCCUGAGAAAUAUACUUCCUGAUGAUGAGUAUCAAGAGGAUGAAGAAAGACCAAGUGAUGACAUGGAACUAGAUGAACCAUUCCCACAUGACUCUGAUUUAGAGUAUCGUGAACAUAAUGAACAUCCAAGAUCACUCACACCAACCCCAGAAUUGGCUAAAAUCGAUUUUACCAAGAUUUCACAUAAUAACAAUUCCCACUUGUAUCAACGUCAAGUGGUUUCACCCCCGCCACCCCCUGCUAAUAUGAUGUCUGCAGCACAAGUUGCUCGUAUCUCUCAUUCACCAUCCCCCAAUCCUGAGCAACAGCAACAGUAUCAACAGCAGCAUCAAUCGCAGCAUCAAUACAAUCCACACUACCAAGCAAAGAGGUUUAAGGGACCAAAUAAUAUGGCUUUGAUCCCGGUACAAAUUAAAUGGGUCAAUACUAGCAAGGAAACAAUUAAUAAAAUUGCUAUAAUUGGGUCCUUUUCCAAUUGGAGAGAUGUUAUUAAACUAUCACUCCUGCCCAAACACCCAGAUGAAUAUGUAACACAUGUUAAUCUACCAUUAGGGGUUCAUAAAUUGUUGUAUAUUAUCAAUAAUGAAUACAGAGUAAGUGAUCAGUUACCUACGGCUACCGAUCAAGAAGGGGUUUUCUUCAAUUGGUUUGAAGUUAUUGAUGACACUCACUUAUUCAACCAUUCAUGGAAUCAGCAUAAUCCAAUUGGAGCCUCCACUUCUUUCAAUGCUAAUAUUGUCACACCAAAUUCUUCGGAUACUAUUCAACAAGACCAUGAUGAAGAACAACAACUCCGUACGGCUGGUCAAUACGAGGUUGAUAUGAUAAAGGACAAAAGUAAUACUUUCUUACAAAGAUUAUCCAAAGAGAAUUCCGUUGAACAUGUUGAAUAUGCGGCUGAGGAAAAUGAUGAGGCAGCAUUGCAGGAAAAGCAAAGGGAACAACAACGUUCAGAUAACUAUCCAUAUCACAAACCAGAGCAUUUAAGUAAUCCUGAUCUUCCCCCUUCAUCAUAUGACAACAAGUAUGUGCCUUAUGAAAUGGGGUCUACCAAUUCAUUAUUAGAGUCUCAUCAAAGUAGAGAGCUGGAAGUGGCAUAUUCUAAUGAAAUACCAGAAAUGUUUGUAAACUACGAAUAUUUCAGUCAAAAGGCGACAAAUAGCGAAUUAUCCGAACCUCCCUUAUUGCCGCCACAUUUAAAUAACGUGCUUUUGAAUAAGAUUUCCUCCCAUCCUAAUCCACAUUCACAUUCCCAUGGUUCGAAUCUAAUCCCACAAAUCCCGCUGAGUUUCAAACAACAAAGCGAUUUAUCAAGUUCGGCAACGGCUCAUAGUAAUAAGAGACCUCCUUUAAGAAGAGCUGAUAGUUCAUAUUAUGCAUCCAAUAAAGAGUCUAUUCAUCUAUCUAUUCCAAAUCAUGUGAUUUUGAACCAUUUAAUGACAACUUCUAUAAGAAAUGAUGUUUUGACAGUUGCUUGUAUUACUAGAUAUUCUGGAAAGUUUGUGACUCAGAUUAUGCAUUCACCUGCUGAUGCUAGUGAAUAG